UCUCAACGUUACUGAUAAGGUCAUGAUAUCAGAAAUAAUGUCCACAUGUGGAAGUUAAUCAAACAAACUGUAGGCGUUAUCAUUUGAAAAUAUAGUUGCUUCAUUUAAAAUGGCGGUCUUCGCGGAACAUGGAUUUAUAUUUUGCAUUUUUAUUUUUGUUUCAUUUCGAUGUGUGACAACUGAAUCCCCACUGUAUCCUUAUACAUCAACUCAACAUGCCAUCCUUCCAACAGAAGGCAGUUACCACCUCAUCAGUACCUCCAUCCCAGUUGUUUAUGAAGAAAGAUCGUUUACAUCGUUUGUGAUAAGUACGAAUGGAUUGGUUGCCUUCACGAAUGACACCAGUAAAGCAGAGUUCAAUAAUGUGAACUGGAGCAAGGAUGAUGUAUCUCCUUUCUUAGACGUACCCUUCAUAGCUCCUUACUACCACGAUGGAGAAAGAAUAGGUGUUCAUAAGGAGUACAAAGGCAGUGUGGAGUAUGAACAACUUGACAACAGAACCUUGCGUGACCUUGGGAAAUACUGCAGCUCCCAAGUUGUAGGGGCCAGUUAUUUCAUUCCAACUUGGGGGUUGGUCAUAACAUGGAGAAAUGUCACAUAUAGAAAUGUACUCACUUGUGCAGCAAGUUCUUGUCCGAGUAACACCUUCCAGUUGGUUUUGAUAACUGAUGGCAACGAUUCCUUUGCAAUUUUCAACUAUGAGAAGAUGGACAUGUUUCCUUGCGAAUUUUGUCAGGCCGGUUUUAAUGGUGGCAACAAGAUUGGCUGGACUGACAUAAUUUCUCGUAAAACAGACCUCCAAAAUCUUAAGACCCAACAGAGCAGUGACACUGUAGGAAGAUACGUAUUCAAGAUAUCUCCAGGACGUGUUGUCAGAGCAGGAUGCUCUACGGAUUCUUUUUCAGAUCAUCUUAGUAUUUACCCAACUUUUGCGGGAAUGUUUGGAGGUAAAAUGAUUGAUGUUUCCGGUCCCUGCUUCGAAAAAAGUCAUCGUUACAAAUGCAGAUUUGGACAGGGUACAGAUGAGAGUGAUGCCACGUACAUCAGCCCUAACCGUGUACGCUGCAUGGUGCCACGUCUCAUGGUCAGAGACAGCAUCACCGUCUCUCUCAUUGACAAUGGCAAAACAUACUCUACAGAUUUCUUCAUUGUGUUUCCCGGAAGAUUGUCUGGGGGAGAGCAUGUGAAUACUGUGUCUAGUAAGGAUAACAUGGCCUGGUACGAUAGCGACCCCUCACAGUUAACCUUGACCUGGAAUCCAAAGUUGCUUAGCAAUAAUUCUAAUGACCGUGUGGAAAUAAACCUGAUUGGCUAUAAGGAAGAUAAUGAAAGGGGCUCGUACAAGCAUUUAACGAGUCUGGGUACCAACAUCUUCGCCUCAGCGGGCACCUUCACCGUGGACCCGAGACAGCACCAGUGCUCGGGGACCGACUGCCAGUAUGAGAUUGGACUGCUGGAGGUCAGACUGACGGGCAACGCCAACCCAAUGAAAUACAUGUAUCUGUCGAGUGGAGUGAUACCCCUUGCAUGGUACGUUCAGACAUCAAUGCUUGAACAGUAUGGCACCACCUGGCCUACUGACAUGUGUGUCAAGUGGUACGACCAGGACAAACAGGACAUGAGCUGGCUGGAUGACUUGCUGCACUGCCCUUGCUCGCUGACUCAGGCUGUCUCGGAUUUCGGCCGAUGGCAGCCAGACGGUGGGUGCAACCUUCAGAAUGCACAGAAUCCAAACAACUGUUUCUACCACACUACAGCAGUCCACUGUGUGAGAGCUGUGCAGCCUGUUCACGGAGCUGGCAACCAGUGCUGUUACAGCAGUACAGGACUUCUGAUCUACGCAGAGGACACGUUCCAGGGCAGUACGCCGGAUAAAGGGCACGAUUGGGGGGCAGCUCCCUAUGGGAAAAAGUUUUAUGUUCCCAGCCUUUCACACUGGCUGGAAGAUGUGGUAACAUUCUACUAUUGCUGCCUAUGGACUGGGUACAACUCAUGUGAUUACUACAUGGAUCAGAGGCCUACAAAGAACUGUGCUGGCUACAAUCCACCAAUACCUGUCAGUGUUUAUGGUCAAGGUCAUGUGAUGACAUUUAGUGGGGUAUCCAGGCGUAUGUAUGGACCAGGUGAUUAUGUUCUCUUCAGGAGUGGAAACACAGAAAUCCAGGGGCGCUUUAAUAGGAAUCCGUACCAAACAGAAAAGCCAGACAGUCAUACUAUUUUGGACACGGUGACUCUCGUGGGGGUUGCUGUCCAGGACAAAGGGACGUCAGACCGCGUGGAGAUUCAGCUACGAGGUCCUGACUAUGACCGCAGCACUCAGCAUCUUAACGUGCGAGUCAACGGACAGUACAAAGCGUUUGAUGAGAAAUCACUGUUCUGGCAAGAUUAUAAGGGCGUGGCCAUAGUGAACACAGAUGAGCGCAAUGAGCAGUCCAACUUCACUGUGCUGCUCUCCAAUGGUAUUGGCUUCCAGAUUGCAGAGACUGCCAACACUCUUCAGAUGGACCUCAUGGUGCCCAGAGCAUUUAAUAAUGUCUCGGGUCUGUUUGGGACUCUUUCUGGACACAUGCUCUUGCCAAAUGGAACAGAAAUGAACAUGAUGUAUAAUCACCGUGCAUCAGAUGAGUACAACAAAUUCCAGCUUGCAUGGGCUGUGCAGGACAAUGGUAGCCUGUUCCAGACCCUCUUGCCUGCCAACCACUCCCUGCUGGGACCAGUCAAUGUUGAGCCAGCCCCUCUGAAAGAUGACACUCCAAACUUCUGCAAACAGAACCAGGAGUGCAUAUAUGACUACAGGCACACUGGAUCCGAGGCUAUAGCCAGGAGCAGCAUUCAAGCAGCAGAACGAUAUGCUGCCCUGCACAACAACUUGCAACCAGUGAGGUCAUGUGGCAUACUUGACGUGCCUCGGUCCAAGAAGACAAACUAUGAUUACAAGCUGGGAACCACGACAGAGAUAAUCGACUGCAGAGUUGGUAAGCUGCAGGGAACGGCUAUUUACACAUGUGUAGAAACCUCCAAUGAGACCCAGGCAUGGUCCCCAGCUGUAGAUGCGGUCUGUCACGUUGAUGAUGCUGAAGACGCUGGCGUUGGCCUGAUUGUUGGCGUGGUAGUUGCGGUGGUUGUCGUGGUUGCAAUAGCCGUCAUAGUGGCCUGUCUGGCAGUGCGCAAGAGGAGACAGCAAAAGUGGAAGCGGUCAGGGGAAGCACAUUAUGUCGAAGAAAGUCAAACCAUGAAAUCCUCUGUGUAGAAUUUGAAGAAAUACCAAAGCCCAGGAAAUCAAUAGAGGAGCCUGGUUACAGCACAGCAACAAAACAUGAUGGGGAAGAUACUAUUUAGCAAUUAAAAUAAGUGCAUCAUCACAUGUUAUUAUUGAUUGUAAUUAUGAUUGUUACAUUUUGAUUAUUAUUAUGAUUGUUUAAAAGGUAAAUGUAUUAUGAAACCCAAUUAUUAUUAUGAUUGUUUAAAAGGUAAAUGUAUUAUGAAACCCUCAAAAUUGGCAGCGAUAAUUAUUUUCAUGUUCCUAGGUUUUCUGACAUCUUUAUCAAAAUAGAAACUUUGUUUUUACAUACAAUUACAAAUAAAUAGAUAACUGUUUUUCACAGCCUGUUGAUAAGUUGACUUGCCUAUCAUGUUUACAUUGGUUUCCAUUGUUGUAAGCAUUUUACUUUUUAAGUAUGUACUGUAUGUGAACAAUUUUAUAUACAUGUAUAUAAUUAAAUGUCAUAGUCAAUUCAGUUAUGGAUGGCCAACAUGCCCUACUUGUUAUAGUUUUUGUAAUGGUCUUUAUUUGCAUAUGAAUGGUUGUGUUUCAUUUUGUAAGUUUUAUGAUGUACUUUUUACUCUGAAAAAUGAUGAUCUAGAGUGUAUGUUUGUGUAUCAGUAGUUUAUAUUGCUUUUUUGUACCUUCCUUAAAUAAAUCUAGAAUAAA